UGCACACAAUGAAAAUAGGAAAUAGGCAAGAAAACAGCGCGCUGUUUUCUCCAUAUUUAGAUGGCAUCAAGUUUAUUGAUGAAUGAACUUAACAUUUUUAAAGCUAGAUAAACGGUGAUUUUUCCUGAAAGUGGCUAGCUGGCUCAAACGAGCCUCGUAAAUCCUCGAAUGAAUUGUCUGCAUGCUCCGCUACUUCACUCCAAUUGUCCGCAAGCUGCAGAUGUUCUUCGCCACCCAGCACUGCAUGGUGCAGUUAAUGCCGGAGAUGCUGAUAGUAGUUCUGGCUAGAUAUCCAUAUUUAUGCUUUUUUCUUUUCCUCACAUAGAGUUUUUUUUUUUCUGCUUACCUCCCAGGUUUCGCUCUAGUGCUGUCGCGUGAGGUGUUGGAUUCAUUGGAUCCCGCAGUCUGACCGGGCUGUGCGGUGCGUCUCCAAGAGCAUCAUCAAAAAUAUCUUUAGUGGAUAUAUAUGACGAACAGUUCCGUGUGAUGCCGCAUCAUGUUGACAUAACUCUGCUGAAGAACUGAAAUUAAUGAAAUAACCGCAGAGGAACGAUGAUAUGACUUAACUCUUUGAUGUGAAGGGAAGCAGGAAAGGGUUUUAUAGCUGCAUAUACCGCCGAGGAAACGGGAAUGAGGCUUUAAACACGUUUCUUGUCGCUGAGUUUCUUGCUAAAGUUGGCUUUUCUCAACAGUGGAACAAUGAAUUGGAAUGGAUAUUCUUAGAAGUAUUCCUUAGAGAUGGAUGAAAGAUGUUUUAACCUUUCCUCUUUAUGAAUCUUUUUCGUGAGUCUGGAAAGGUGGAGCGUUCAGGAAAAGCUAAUGACGGACCUAUUAAUCCAUCAAAAGCACCAGAGGGGUUUGGAAACGUUUGGAUGGAAAUGUUUGCACCUUUUUCUGGUUUUAUACGGAACUACUAAUGCUUAGUUGUGGAUGUCUGCUGGAAUCACCAUUGUAUUUAUUGAUAUAGAGAAAUGAAUGCAGGGCUGUUGACACAAUCGCUGUGAAUUUAGCUUUUUUUUUUCUCCCCCGCAAAUAUCCAUAUUUUCUUCUGAAAGUAUUCCGAUCUAAAUGGAAUUAGUUGAGAAAGCCCUUUGUGAAAGGAAUAGACAUGGUACAUGGGAACAGGUUCCUUCACGUUGUUGCAGGUCUUCUCAUGCUUGGGUUGUCUGGGGCAACAAAGAAGGAAACAGUGAAAAACAAUUCAGGAGUGCAGCCAGCAGGACAGUGUGGAACCUGGGUAAAAGAACCAGAGGGAGGCCUCUUCACCUCACCAAAUUACCCAAACAAAUAUCCUCCAGAGCGAGAAUGCAUCUACAUCAUUGAAGCUCCCCCGAGACAAUGCAUUGAUCUUUUCUUUGAUGAAAAGUAUUCAAUCGAGCCUUCAUGGGAAUGUAAAUUUGACCAUAUUGAAGUCCGAGAUGGGCCCUUUGGCUUUUCUCCAAUAAUUGGACGCUACUGCGGCCAACAGAACCCUCCAUAUAUCAGAUCGAGCGGCCGUUACCUAUGGAUAAAAUUUGUUGCGGAUGGCGAAUUGGAAGCGAUGGGAUUUUCUGCAAGCUACAAUUUCACAGCAGAAAAGAACAUCACUGUGUUUAACUGAAAAUGUAUGCUGCUUUUUAUCACAAAACGGCCCGUCAAUCAAAUUGUGCCCAUCUGCAGUGUGAGAGAGGAGGAAUUUAUUCUACAUUCGUCAUGCUGGGGCUCUGGGCGGCAUAAGUUCUGAAAUUUCCUGCAUAAGACCUCAUUAGCUUGCUUGCUUCAGUCAUAUCAAUUCGAAUACAUCAGUGGAAGUCCAACUGAAUUACGGAUCUGACCUCAAGACAUUAUUUUAGUUUGGAGCCAUUUGAUCAGUAUCAUAUAGUCGUGAAAAACAUUGGAACUUCAGUGAGAUUUGAGGCCUGUACUAGUCAAAGGUUUGGAAACUGAAUAAAUGUUUACAAAAUAUCAUAAUACCAAAAGGUUU